GCGGUGGACGUGGUAUACUUGGACAGAGAGGUGGCGGUGGACAUGGUAUACUUGGACAGAGGGGUGGUGGUGGACGUGGUGGUGGACGUAGUAUACUUGGAAAGAGUGGUGGUGGUGGACAUGGUAUACUUGGACAGAGGGGUGACGGUGGACGUAGUAUACUUGGACAGAGGGGUGGCGGUGGACGUGGUAUACUUGGACAGAGGGGGGUGGCAGUGAACAUGGUAUAUUUGGACAGAGAGGUGGCGGUGGACGUGGAAUACUUGGACAGAGGGGUGGCGGUGAACGUGGUAUACUUGGACAGAGGGGUGGCGGUGGACGAGAUAUACUUGGACAGAGGGGUGGCGGUGGACGUGGUAUACGUGGACAGAGGGGUGGCGGUGGACGUGGUAUACUUGAA